GGGGCCGGGCCGAGCGGUGCCUCCCGGCCGGAGCGGGGGGAAUUCCGGCGGAGCGGAGGAAUGCGGGGCUCCCGCCGCCCGGGCCGCGGCCGGUGCCCGGGUGCAGGACGGUGACGGCCAUGCCCUAGGGAGCCCCACCAUGAGCCAGAGCGGGGCUUCGCGCCUGGCGGGCUCCCCGCCGCUGCCGGGGGGCUCCCUCCUGGCCCUGCUGGCCCCCGAGCCCUCCCCGUCCCCCCCCAGCGGGACCCCCUCGCCCGGGCCCCCGCCGGCGCUGCUGGAAGGGGACUGGGAAGGGCGGGAGGAGCUGCGGCUGCGGGAGCUGGAGGAGGCGCGGGCGCGGGCGGCGCAGAUGGAGAAGACGAUGCGCUGGUGGUCGGACUGCACGGCCAACUGGCGGGAGAAGUGGAGCAAGGUGCGAGCCGAGCGCAACCGGGCUCGGGAGGAGGUGCGGCAGCUGCGGCACCGCCUGGAGGCCCUCACCAAGGAGCUGGCCAGCCUGCGCGCGACGCGCGACCGCGAGCGGCCCGACGAGCGCCCGCCGCGGCCACCGGGACAGGCACCGGCACCGGGACAGGCACCGGCACCGGCACAGGCACCGGCACCGGCACAGGCACCGGGACAGGGACAGGGCAGCGCCGGCAGCCCGCCCGCCGAUGGAACAGAGGGGGACGCCGGCCCUGAGCAAGAGCCUGUGCGGGAUGUGGGGGCCGAGGUGCCCCAAAAAGCCAAGGAGCUGGAGCUGAUGGAAAACAUCUUGACGAGCAAGCAGGAGGAGAGCUGGGAGCAGCGGGGCCCCCGGGCCUCCUUCAGCCGCCAGGAGCGGAGCCGCCUGCUCUGGGAGGACGUCAGCGCCGUGGAGGAGGAUGCCACCAAAGUCACCGCCCUGAAGCUCAGGCUGGAUGAGUCCCAAAAAGUGCUGCUCAAGGAGAGGGAGGACAAGCUGGCGCUCAGCAAGAACAUUGAGAAGCUGGAGGGCGAGCUCAGCCAGUGGAAGAUCAAGUACGAGGAGCUCAACAAGAACAAGCAGGAGGUGAUGAAGCAGCUCAACAUCCUGAAGGAGAUUCACCAGGACGAGCUGGGGCGCAUCUCCGAGGACCUGGAGGAUGAGCUGGGUGCUCGCUCCAGCAUGGACAAGAAACUGGCUGAGCUGCGUGCAGAGAUGGAGAGGCUGCAGGCAGAGAACGCGGCUGAGUGGGGCCGGCGGGAGCGGCUGGAGACAGAGAAGCUCAACCUGGAGAGGGAGAACAAGAAGCUGCGGGCACAGAUCGAGGACCUGGAGGAGGUGCUGGCUCGCAAGCGGCGCCAGACGGCCAGUGCCCUGGACACUGACCUCAAAACCAUCCAGGCUGAGCUCUUCGAGAAGAACAAGGAGCUGGCCGACCUGAAGCACAUCCACACCAAGCUGAAGAAGCAGUACCAGGAGAAGAUGGCCGAGCUGGCCCACGCCAACCGCCGCGUGGAGCAGCACGAGGGAGAGGUGAAGAAGCUGCGCCUGAGGGUGGAGGAGCUGAAGAAGGAGCUGGCCCAGGCUGAGGAUGAGCUGGAUGAGGCCCACAACCAGACGCGGAAGCUGCAGCGGUCACUGGACGAGCAGACGGAGCAGAGCGAGAGCUUCCAGGUGCAGCUGGAGCACCUGCAGUCACGGCUGCGGCGCCAGCAGAGCGCCCCGCUGUUCGGCAAGAUGCGCAGCGCCCGCUUCGGCCCUGACGACGCCGGCGACGGCACCAGCGACCCCGACGAGGAUGAGGACCUGCAGAUCCAGGUGCCCUAGAGCCCAGGGCAGUGCCACCGCCGCAGGACGUGCCACAUCAGUCCCCUGCGUUCAAGUGUGUCGCCAUGGGGCCCAGCUGUGCGGUGAUCCUUGUAUAGAUGGGGAAACUGAGGCACACAGCGGUGGGGAGGAAUUUGCCCGGGGGUGCUCCAGAACCCACUGCCUCUUGGACAGGACUGGAUGGCCCUUCAGCCACUGGCAUCUCCUGGGACACUGGUGUGGCCACCAAAGCCAGCAUCACUGAGCAGCCCAGGAGGAGGAGGCGCAGGCCUAGAGAGGCACCAAGCUUGGCAGCCGCAAACUGCCCACUUCUCUUUAUAUAUAUUAUAUAUAUGUAUGUAUUUGUAUAUGAUUUUUUAUUAUAAAUACAGAGCCCAGAUGGG